AAAAAGGACUUGUAGAGACAGGUCCCAGAUAGAUCCACCCCAGAUUUUGCAAAGAAGGCACCUCCUUCACCUCACGUUCUAAUACCUUCCAAGUUCAGGAAGAAGCCAUUGCUCCUGCAUUGACAGCCGGCACAAUGUACCCAGAAGGCCCGGUGUGAGCAAACCAGAAGCUUCUCUACAACAUGACCCACACAGACAAUGCAGGUUCUGUUGGCAGCCUGAAGUUUGUGACCCUCUUGGCUGUGCUAAGUCCAGGACUCCUACUCUUGGGAACUGGAGUGCAGCUUCAAGACAACGGGUAUGAUGGAUUACUUGUUGCAAUCAAUCCUCAGGUACCCGAGAAUCAGAACCUCAUCUCCAACAUUAAGGAAAUGAUAACUGAGGCUUCAUUUUACCUAUUUAAUGCUACCAAGAGAAGAAUAUUUUUCAGAAAUAUAAAGAUUUUAAUUCCUACCACAUGGAAAGCUAAUCAUUACAGCAAGAUAAAACAAGAAUCAUAUGAAAAGGCAAAUGUCAUAGUGGCUGACUUGUACGGGGCACAUGGGGAUGAUCCAUACACCCUACAACACAGAGGGUGUGGAAAAGAGGGAAAAUAUAUCCAUCUUACACCUACUUUCCUACUGAAUGAUAACUUAACAGCUGGCUACGGAUCACGAGGCAGAGUGUUUGUCCACGAAUGGGCUCAUCUCCGCUGGGGUGUGUUUGAUGAGUAUAAUAACGAUAAACCUUUCUACAUAAAUGGACAGAACCAAAUUAAAGUGACAAGGUGUUCAUCUGACAUCACAGGUAUUUUCGUGUGUGAAAAGGGCCCUUGCCCCCAAGAAAACUGUGUUAUUAGUAAGCUUUUCAAAGAAGGGUGCACGUUUAUCUACGAUAGCACCCAAAAUGCAACUGCAUCAAUAAUGUUCAUGCAAAGUUUAUCUUCUGUGGUUGAAUUCUGUAAUGCAAGCACCCACAACCAAGAAGCUCCAAAUCUUCAGAACCAAAUGUGCAGCCUCAGAAGCACAUGGGAUGUCAUCACAGACUCCGCUGACUUUAAUCACAGCUUUCCUAUGAAUGGGACUGAGCUUCCACCUCCUCCCACAUUCUCUCUUGUACAGGCUGCUGACAAAGUGGUCUGUUUAGUGUUGGAUGUGUCCAGUAAGAUGGCAGAGGCUAACAGACUCCUUCUACUGCAGCAAGCAGCAGAAUUUUAUUUGAUGCAGAUUGUUGAAAUACAUACCUUUGUGGGUAUUGCUAGUUUCAGCAACAAAGGGGAGAUCAGAGCCCAGCUCCACCAAAUUAACACUAAUGAUGACCGAAAGCUGCUGAUUUCAUAUCUACCUGCCACUGUGUCCACUGAAGCAGAAGCCAGCAUCUGUUCAGGGCUUAAGAAGGGAUUUGAGGUGGUUGAAAAGUUGAAUGGAAAAGCUUCUGGCUCUGUGAUGAUAUUAGUGACCAGUGGAGAUGAUGAGCUUAUCGGCAACUGCUUACCUACCGUGCUCAGCAGUGGUUCAACCAUCCAUUCCAUUGUCCUGGGUUCAUCUGUGGUUAGAAACCUGGAGGAAUUUUCAUAUCUUACAGGAGGCUCAACGUUCUUCGUUCCAAAUAUAUCAAACUCCAAUAGCAUGAUUGAUGCUUUCAGUAGAAUUUCCUCUGGAAAUGGAGACAUUUUCCAGCAACGUAUUCAGCUUGAAAGUAUAGGCGAAAAUGUCAAACCGCACCAUCAGUUGAACAACACAGUGACUGUGGAUAACAGCGUGGGCAAUGACACAAUCUUUCUAGUGACAUGGGAGACCAGUGGUCUUCCUGAGAUUGUAUUAUCUGAUCCUGAUGGAAGAAAAUACUACACAAAUGAUUUUAGCACCAAUCUAGAGUUUCGGACAGCUAGCCUUUGGAUUCCAGGAACUGCCAAGCCUGGGCCCUGGUCUUACACUCUGAACAAUACCCACCAUUCUCUGCAAGCCCUGAAAGUGACAGUAACCUCUCGGGCCUCCAGCUCAGCCAUGCCCCCAGCCACUGUGGAAGUCUUUGUGGAAAGAGACAGCCCUCAUUUUCCCCAUCCUGUGAUGAUUUAUGCCAAUGUAAGAAGGGGAUUCUAUCCCAUUCUUAAUGCCACGGUAACUGCCAUGAUAGAGCCAGAGACUGGAAAGCCUGUUACACUGAGACUUCUUGAUAAUGGAGCAGGUGCUGAUGUUAUAAAAAAUGAUGGAAUUUACUCGAGGUAUUUUUUCUCCUUUGCUGUAAAUGGUAGAUAUAGCUUGAAAGUGCAUGUCAGUCACUCUCCCAGCAUAAGCACCCUAGCCCACUCUAUUCCAGGGAGUCAUGCCAUGUACGUACCAGGUUACAUAGCAAAUGGGAAUAUUCAGAUGAAUGCCCCAAGGAAAUCAGCAGGCAGAAGUGAGGGGGAGCAAAAAUGGAGCUUUAGUCGAAUAAGCUCAGGAGGCUCCUUUUCAGUGCUGGGAAUUCCAGCUGGCCCCCAUCCUGAUGUGUUUCCUCCAUGCACAAUUAUUGACCUGAAAGCUGUAAAAAUGGAAGAGGAAGUGACUGUAUCCUGGACAGCACCUGGAGAAGACUUUGAUCAGGGCCAGGCUGCAAGCUAUGAAAUAAGAAUAAGUAAAAGUCUACAGAAUCUUCAAGAUGACUUUAACAAUGCCAUUUUAGUAAAUACGUCAAAGCUAAAGCCUCAGCAAGCUGGCACCAGGGAGAUAUUUACAUUCUCACCCACACUUUUCACAAAUGGACCUGAAAGUCAACCUGAUGGAGAGACACAAGAAAGCCUCAGAAUUUAUGUGGCAAUACGAGCAAUGGAUGGGAACUCCUUGAAGUCUGCUGUGUCUAACAUUGCCCAGGCCUCUCUGUUCAUUCCCCCAAAUUCUGCUUCUUUACCUGACAGAGAUUGUCUUAUAUUGAAAGGAGUUUUAACAGCAAUGGGUUUGAUAGGACUCAUUUGCCUUAUUAUAGUUGCAACCCAUUGUACUUUAAACAGGAAAAAGAGAGCUGACAAGAGAGAGAAUGGAACAAAGUUACUAUAAACAACGUAUAGACUCCCUUCCUUCUUAG